GGAGACAGCCCUAAAAUGGAGAUCAAAUUGCUCUUCUCUGCUCCUCGAAGAACAGCCACCUCCUUGGGAUGCUGCCCUUUCCUCUGGGGCUGAUUCAGGAGGAAGGUGCUGACCGGCUGCUCUGGCGCUGGGGUUUGCUGCCCACGGGCUCAGCGGGAUGGUGCCAGCCAGCCAAGAGCCCCCCGUGCCCCUCACGGUGCCAAUGUGACCACGCUGGCUGGGACCUGCGGCACCGAGCCUGGCACGGGGAGCACAGUGACUCGUGGUCCCCCUUUGGGGUGCACCGCCCCAAGAUGAGCGAUGGUGGGUGGAUCUCGCUCAGCCCCACUGAGUUUGCCCAGCUCCAGCAGUACACAGACUAUUCCACCAAGAAGCUCAAGGAUGUCCUUGAGGAGUUCCACGGGGACGGUGUCCUCUCGAGGUACAACCCGGAACAGCCCAUCGACUAUGAGGGCUUUCGCCUCUUCAUGAAGACCUACCUGGAGGCGGACGUGCCCGAGGAACUUUGCCAACACCUCUUCACCUCCUUCAAGCGUAAGAUAUGCCAAGCCUCCCCCGAGAGCCAGCGCCAGGGCCCCAGCGUCUCGCAGCUCAACACCCUCGGGAUCAACGGGAAAAUGCUCCUAAGUGCCCUGGGACGACACACCCCUGAGCCCAAGAGCUGUCACAGCAACGCAGCUGAGCCGCAGCCAGCGUCCCUUACCCCGGCGUCGAUCCCCAACGCCUCCCCAAGCUGGUCCAGGUCCUCCUCCCAGAAGUCCACCACCGGCACCCCUUCUGCUCACAACUCCUCGGGCUCUUCGAAGGUCUCCUCCGGGUCCCUGCUCAGCCCUCAGUCGCCAGGCACACGGAGUGUGGAGAAGAGGUUGCCCUUCAGCCUGCGGAAGAGCCACAGCUCCCUGAAAGCCGCCCCGCCACUGCCCACCGCCCCCCUGUCCCAGGUGGUCCAUCUGAAGGACAUCGUCUGCUACCUGUCCCUGCUGGAGAGGGGACGGGCAGAGGACAAGCUGGAGUUUAUGUUUCGCCUCUAUGAUACUGAUGGAAAUGGCCUCCUGGACAGCUCGGAGCUGGAUCGUAUCAUCAACCAGAUGGUGCAUGUGGCUGAGUACCUGGAGUGGGACUCCACCGAGCUGAAGCCUAUCUUGAAGGCGAUGAUGGAGGAGAUCGACUAUGACCAUGACGGGACCGUGACGCUUGAGGAGUGGAUCCGGGGUGGCAUGACCACCAUCCCCUUACUGGUCCUCCUGGGGAUGGAGACAAACGUGAAGGACGACGGGCAGCACGCCUGGAGGCUGAAGCACUUCAAGAAACCUGCCUACUGCAACUUCUGCCGCACCAUGCUGCUGGGGGUCCGCAAGCAAGGACUCUGCUGCUCCUUCUGCAAGUACACUGUCCACGAGAGGUGUGUGUCCAAAGAUAUCGCCUCCUGCAUCAGCACCUACAUGAAAUCCAAGAGGAACACAAGCGUGAUGCAGCACACCUGGAUUGAGGGCAAUUCCCCCGUCAAGUGCGACAGAUGCCACAAGAGCAUCAAGUGCUACCAGGGCAUCACCGGCCUGCACUGCGUCUGGUGCCAAGUCACACUCCACAACAAAUGUGCCUCCCACGUGAAGCCAGAGUGCGACGGGGGCCCGCUGCGGGACCACAUCUUGCUGCCUUCCUACAUCUGCCCCGUCGUCCUGGACAGGCAGUCCCACUGCCGGAGGUCAGAGAGUGACUCCCCUGCCAGCACCAGCCCCGAGGACAACCAGGGCUUCAAGUUCAACUCCACCACGGUGGAUGGGCAAGGUCUGCAGAUCAGCCCCCGGCCUGGCACACACCCCCUCCUGGUGCUCGUGAACCCCAAGAGCGGAGGAAGGCAAGGGGAGCGGGUCCUCCGGAAAUUUCACUACUUGCUCAACCCACGCCAAGUGUACAACCUGGACCGUGGUGGGCCCGCACCAGGGCUGAGCUUCUUUCGAGACACUCCGGAUUUCCGUGUCCUGGCCUGUGGGGGGGAUGGCACAGUGGGCUGGAUCCUGGACUGCAUCGACAAAGCGAACUUGGUGAAGCACCCGCCGGUGGCCGUCCUGCCCCUGGGAACAGGCAACGACCUGGCCCGGUGCCUGCGCUGGGGAGGAGGCUAUGAAGGAGGAAACCUGAUGAAGGUCCUGAAAGACAUCGAGCACAGCACGGAGGUGAUGCUGGACCGCUGGCAGAUAGAUGUCAUUCCCAGUGACAGAGAGGCCAACGGAGACCCUGUCCCAUCCACCAUCAUCAACAACUACUUCUCCAUUGGGGUGGACGCCUCCAUCGCCCACCGCUUCCACGUCAUGCGAGAAAAGCACCCCGAGAAAUUCAACAGCAGGAUGAAGAACAAGCUGUGGUACUUUGAGUUUGGGACAUCGGAGACCUUUGCGGCCACCUGCAAGAAGCUCCACGACUACGUUGAGGUGGAGUGCGACGGGACCCUGCUGGACCUGAGCAACACGUCCCUGGAGGGCAUCGCCGUCCUCAACAUCCCCAGCAUGUACGGCGGCUCCAACCUCUGGGGCGAGACCAAGAAGCAGCGCAGUUACAGCCGGCUGGGGAAGAAAGCCCCGGAGAAGCUGCAGGGCACGGUGGUCACCGAUGCCAAGGAGCUCAAGUUCUGCGUGCAGGAUCUCAGUGACCACCUCCUGGAGGUGGUGGGGCUGGAGGGCGCGAUGGAGAUGGGGCAGAUCUACACGGGGCUGAAGAGCGCUGGGAAGAGACUGGCCCAGUGUUCAUCUGUCACCAUCAGGACCUCCAAGCUGCUGCCCAUGCAGGUGGACGGGGAACCCUGGAUGCAGCCGUCCUGUACCGUCAAAAUUACACAUAAAAGCCAAGUGCCGAUGCUGCUGGGCCCCCCCCAGAAGAGCAGCUUCUUUUUCCUGAAGAGGAGAAACCGAACUCGAGAUUAAGCCCGGUGCAGAGGCACCCAGCUUCCUGGACAUCUGCCUGCUGCGGGGGAUCCCCAGAUCCCUGCUCUGUGGCAGGGAGAGAAAACAGCCCCCUAAGUGCAACAGGGACGAUUUGUCCUAGGAAGGUGUUGGAGGCUCCUUCCCAACCCACCACAAGCAUCUUCUCCAGGGGGGAUGGACGCAGUGGGUGAAGGCAGGCUGACACACGGGAGCGCGUUCACCAGAGCAGCGCUAGGACUGUUUUUUUUUUCCUUUUAUU